UGUCCAGAAGCUCAACGAUUAUUCACGUUUACAAUACCUCCUCGUGGUCAGGAAAGACAAUGCAAUGAAUUUGCUUUUCAAGCUCUUCGCUUUAUUCAGAUUCUGGAAAGCGGUAUAAAUAAUCUGAAUAAUUUGAAAGCAAUAGAGCCAAUUUUGGAUAAUUUAGGACGAAGACACGGCAAGCUUAAAUCCAGCGUCGGCUUUCGACCGUAUUAUUGGACAGUAUUUAUGGAAUGUACAAUACAUCACUUAAGAUUGGCCUUCCUCAAUUCAAAAGUGGAUCAGUGGAGUCAUAAAGAUAUAGAUAAUGCAAUCAUGUUGUGGAGACAUUUGAUUUUAGGAAUUUGUCAAAGAAUCAAGGUUAAAAUCGUUCUAAUUUUUUGUUACAUUCAUGAAAGCAAGAAAAAACACUCGUGCUUUGCUGUAUUUUAG